AUGUCGAGCACCGAUUCACCCUUUCGUGUGAUUGUAAUUGGCGGUGGCAUUGCUGGCCUGUCGGCCUCUCAUAUGCUGCACAAGGCAGGGAUCGAUCACAUCGUGCUGGAGCGACGAUCGGAAAUCGCCCGGUUGGAGGGCGGUAGCAUGUUCAUCUACCCGCACGGGUCACGGAUUCUGGAUCAGCUGGGAUGUUUGGAAACGGUGCAGAAGGGGACCGUCCCUCCCGGUCGUUGGUUUAUCAGACUUCCGGGUGGGAAAAAGAUACUGGAAAGUAGCUUUUUCAGCCACAUCCAGCAGAACCACGGCUACAAUAUGCUUAUUUUCGAACGUCCGAAGUUCAUUCGAGACUUAUACGAGACCUUACCGGACAAGACGCGCGUCAGAACAAACGCGUCUGUGGACGCUAUCAGACAAGACGAAAAUGGAGUUGAUGUGGUGCUGAGCAACGGCGAGAUUGAGAGGGGUGACCUAGUCCUGGGCUGCGAUGGGGUCUACAGCACGACGAGAAGUGCCAUGUGGGAUGCCGCAAACAGUGCUUCGCCAGGAAUGAUAACGGUGAAGGAGAAGAGGAGCUUACUCGCAGCCAUUAGCGCAGACUGGUAUUGUCUCGUUUUUGUGACGCCGGGUAUUCCAGAGCUCAGCGAAACCGACAUGACAGUCAUCAACACCCCCGAACACUCUCAUCUGUUCACGUUGACGCCAAAGCGGGGCUUCUUCAGCGUAUACUUCCUUCUGGACAAGCCAUGUCCGUGGCCCAAGCGGGCGAAGCGUUUCACGGAACAGGACGCAGAGGAAUUAGCGAGAUCGGUCGCUGAUCAUCCCUUGUCCGAUACGGUCAUGUUCGGAGAAGUCUGGGAACGUCGUCUGCGCUCGAGCGUGAUCCACCUGGAGGAAGGUGUCCUAGACCAUUGGUAUCACGGAAGAAUAGCCCUGGCAGGGGAUUCCGCUCACAAGGUAAUGCCGAAUAUGGGGUUAGGCGGAAACUCAAGUAUUGAGUCUGUAGCUGUCUUGACCAACCAUUUGCACCAGAUGCUCGUGGACAACAACUGGAAAAAGCCAAGCAGCUCGAAGCUAGAGGAGACACUUGCAGCAUACCAGGAAGAGCGGGUGGGACGCAUGAAACACAUUUUCAAGUUCUCCUCGAGCAUGUCGCAAGGAUGGAAAACUCCGUGGUAUAAGUUCCUAUCAACUUGGAUCCUCCCGGUCAUACCCGACAAAUUGUUGGCCGCUGAGAUGUCGAAGAUCGUCAGCGGUGCACCAAAGCUGGAUUUUGUAGAGUUGAAAAACCUGCCUUCAGGCCGGGUGCCAUGGAAAUAUCUGGAGAGCGGUAAACGGUCGACCGAGGCGGGAGCUGUCAGCACGAACAAGCUGGGCGGCCUAAGCCUCGUCACGGCUCUGGGGGUCGCGUUCUAUUACUACUACGGCGCGCGAUCACUUCCUCUCAUUUCCCUUUCUUGA